AUGUGCGAAUCGUCCAUGACUCAGGUGCCCGUCAAUGACGUCAUCGGUAAUUUCGAAACGUCAGACGAUUCACGCUCGGCACCAGUCAUUGUUUGUUUCCCUGCCAUGUCAGUUAAUACAUCUAACACUCCGGACGGAAAUGGUGUGCUUAUAUACAAUGGUGAAAUGAUUUUACUAUAUACCACACAUGUGAAAAUGAGCUUCUCACAUGCGUCUUCACCACUUUUCAAAGGCACAAAGACCGGCUCGCUAUACCUUACAUCACAUCGAAUAAUAUUCAUGAAUAAAUCAAAGACAGACCUGCUGAAAUCUUUCUCAAUGCCAUUCCAAACCUUGAGAAACGUGAAAUUAGAACAACCAUUGAUAACGCCAAAUUAUUUGAAGGGUGGAGCACAAGCGUUACCUGACGGACAAUUUGAAGGUGAAGUCGAGUGGAGGUUGAGUUUUCCUAAGGGAGGUUGUGUGGAAUUUGGUCAAUCUCUGCUGCAUGCCACAGAAAUUGCUUCUCGAAUGGGACCUUUUAAUGCUCCACCAGCUUACAUCCCAUGUGCUCCUUGUGCAUAUUACUAUGCGCCUCCUUCGUAUUAUAUCCCACCAACAGGAAAUUUCAAUGGAUUCCAAGCUCCAACACAUAUAUUCCCGGAGAAACCACAGGCAGAGAAUGUCUACAUGUAUGAAGCUCCACCACCGUAUGCAGGAAUCGGCCAAGCACCUCCAGUACCACCAUCCAAUCUUCAACUUGCUGGCAAAACGAAUCCUACUGCUCCUCCUCCUGGAUACUCCUAA